CUGGUCUGUUUGGUACUUGAACUGUCAGCAUAUUUGAACUCCCGCUUGCCAUUCAACAUCAUGGAUGAUCCGAAGAGUGAACAGCAGCGCAUACUGCGCCGCCACCAACGCGAGAAGAAGGAGCUGCAGGCCCAGAUCCAGAGCUUAAAAAACUCGGUCCCCAAGACCGAUAAGAAGAAAAGAAAGCAGUUGCUCCAAGACGUGGCCCGCAUGGAGGCCGAGAUGGCGCAGAAGCACCGGCAGGAGCUGGAGAAGUUCCAGGACGACCGUAGCGUUGAAUCUGUCGUCGAAGACCUGGCCAAGAUGGAUCUGGAAAACCGGCCUCCCCGCCCCUCCAAAGCCCAGAGAAAGCGAGAAAGAAUGGAGUCCCAGGAGAGGGAGCGCCAGGAGAGCAUCUUCCAGGCCGAGAUGUCUGAGCACCUGGCCGGCUUCAGGCGCGAGGAGGAGGAGAAGCUCGCCGACAUCCUGGGAGCCAGAGGUCUGGAGAUGAAGGAGAUCCCGGCCGACGGCCACUGCAUGUACCGCGCCAUCCAAGACCAGCUGGUGUUCAGCGUGUCGGUGGAGAUGCUGCGCUGCCGCACCGCCAGCUACAUGCAGAAGCACGUCGACGAGUUCCUGCCCUUCUUCAGCAACCCGGAGACCGGCGACCCCCUCGGCUACGACGACUUCAUGAUCUACUGCGACAACAUCGUGCGCACCGCGGCAUGGGGAGGCCAGCUGGAGCUGAGGGCCCUGUCGCACGUCCUGAAGACCCCCAUCGAGGUGAUCCAGGCCAACUCGCCCACCUUGGUCAUCGGGGAGGAGUACGUCAAGAAGCCGAUCAUCCUGGUCUACCUGCACUACGCCUACAGCCUCGGCGAGCACUACAACUCCGUGAGACCGCUCGAGGCCGGCGCCGCCGGGGGCGCGCUCCCGCGUCUCCGGUAGGCCCCGAGGCACCCAGCGGCCCCGCGGAAGCGUUUCCUUCGCCGCAUCUCCUCAGUAGGCUCAGUUUAUUUUCCCCCUUUGCUUUUCUCAGUUGUUUUUUUUUUUUUUUCCUUCCUUUUGAUCAUAACUAUCCCCCCUGCCCCGCCCCCGCUUUCCUAACCUUGCUGCUUUCACGGGGUGGGAAAUGAAAUUCGAGGGAAAUUCCCUGGAAAUAUGAGGGAAAUCUCUGCAUUGAAACCACCAGAGGGGCAUACGUUUGAUAAGUGCUAACCUCUUCUUGCCCAUAAGGGUCUUUACCUCCCUCACCGACUAAGAUUUGGUCAUGUUGUGCAUAACUUAACGAUAAAAAUGGAAAUGUUGGCCGGGCGCGGUGGCUCACGCCUGUAAUCCCAGCACUUUGGGAGGCGGAGGUGGGCGGAUCACGAGGUUAGGGGUUCGAGACCAGCCUGACCAACAUGGUGGAACCCCGUCUCUACAAAAAUACAACAAUUAGCCGGGCGUGGUGGCGGGCGCCUGUAAUCCCAGCUACUCGGGAGGCUGAGGCAGGAGAAUCGCUUGAUGGGAAGCGGAGGUUGCAGUGAGCCGAGAUCGUGCCUUUGCACUCCAGCGUGGAAGACAGUGAGACUCCGUCUCAAAAAAAAUAAAAAAUUAGCCGGGCGUGGUGGCGGACGCCUGUAAUCCCAGCUACUUGGGAGGCUGAGGCAGGAGAAUCAAUUGAACCUGGGAGGCGGAGGUUGCAGUGAGCCGAGAUCGUGCCUUUGCACUCCAGCGUGGAAGACAGAGCGAGACUC